AUGUGGUUUCAGCACUUGAUCCUGUGUGGGUCCACAUCUGACCCAUCAGGUGGAGAUCCCGAUUCUUAUUUCUGCCUUGAUUUACAUCCUCCAGCCACCGAAUACCACCUGGGCCUGCUGAAAGCAAAACUGGCCAAGUAUCGUGCCCAGCUCCUGGAACCAUCCAAGUCAGCCUCAUCUAAAGGAGAGGGCUUUGAUGUCAUGAAGUCAGGCGAUGCCCGAGUGGCCCUGAUUGGCUUUCCCUCUGUGGGUAAGUCCACCUUCUUGAGUCUGAUGACCUCUACAGCCAGCGAAGCUGCAUCCUAUGAGUUCACCACCCUGACGUGCAUCCCCGGGGUCAUUGAGUACAAAGGUGCCAACAUCCAGCUCCUGGACCUUCCUGGAAUCAUUGAAGGAGCAGCGCAAGGGCGAGGCCGUGGCCGGCAGGUGAUUGCUGUGGCACGCACAGCUGAUGUUGUCGUCAUGAUGCUGGAUGCCACCAAGGGAGAUGUGCAGAGGUCCCUGCUGGAGAAGGAGCUGGAGUCCGUGGGUAUUCGCCUGAACAAGCACAAGCCCAACAUCUACUUCAAGGUAUGUCCAGACUCUACCCCAGGGGCAGCUUGGGGACUGCCUGGCCCUCAGCAAGGGACGGACAGCUGA